GUGAGUCUGAUCUGCUGUUGUUUGUGUGUCUGUAUUGCUGUAGACACAGUAAAAUGGCUGAAGCCAGUGUUUUUUCAGUGGAGCAGUUCAGCUGUCCAGUGUGUCUGGAUCUCCUGAAGGAUCCAGUGGCCAUUCCCUGUGGACACAGUUACUGUAUGAGCUGCAUUACAGACUGCUGGGAUCAAGAGGAUCAGAAGAGAGUCUACAGCUGCCCUCAGUGCAGACAGACCUUCAGUCCAAGACCUGCUUUAGCUAAAAACACCAUGCUGGCUGAAGUGGUGGAGAAACUGAAGAAGACCAAACUAAAAGCUGCUGUUCCUGCUGGACCUGGAGACGUGGAGUGUGACAUCUGUACUGGAAGAAAACACAAAGCCGUCAAGUCCUGUCUGGUGUGUCUGGAGUCUUACUGUCAAACUCACUUUGAGCGUCAUGAGGAGUUUCGUUCAGGAAAGAGACACAAAGUGACUGAUGCCACAGGACGACUGCAGCAGAUGAUCUGCCAUCAACAUGAUAUGCCUCUAUUGGUUUUCUGUCGUACUGACCAGCAAUGUGUUUGCAUGCUGUGUGCAAUGGAUGAACAUAAAAACCAUGAGACUGUAUCAACUGCAGCAGAGAGGACAGAGAAAGAGAAACACUUGAAGGAGACACAGAGUAAACUCCAGCAGAGAAUCCAGCAGAGACAGAAAGAUCUUGAGCAGCUGAGAGAGGCUGUGGAGUCUCAUAAGCGCUCUGCACAGACAGCAGUGGAGGACAGUGAGAGGAUCUUUACUGAGCUCAUCCGCUCCAUUGAGAGAAGCCGCUCUGAGGUGACACAGCGGAUCAGAGAUCAGGAAAAGACUGCAGUGAGUCGAGCUGAAGGACAAAUGGAGCGACUGGAGCAGGAGAUUGAAGAUCUGAAGAAGAGAAACUCUGAGCUGGAGCAGCUUUCACAGACAGACGAUCACAUACAUUUCCUGCAGAGUCUUCAGUCACUCUCAGCUCCUCCUGAAUCUACAGAAAGCAUCUCUGUCAGUUUCCUCUUUUCUUUGGAUGGUGUGAGAGAAUCUGUCUGUCAGCUGAGACACAAACUGGAAGAUUUCUGCAAAGAGGAAAUGAAAAAGAUAUCUGACACUCACAGUAACAUUGUUCCCAAGACCAGAGAGGACUUCCUAAAAUAUUCCCAUCAGUUCACUCUGGAUCCAAACACUGCACAUAAACUCCUCUAUUUUUCUGAUUGGGAGGAAGUGACUUUCAAUAACAGCCAUAUCCAGCCGUAUCCUGAUCACCCAGACAGAUUUGAUGUUUAUCCUCAGGUGUUGUGUAGAGAGAGUGUGAGUGGACACUGUUACUGGGAGCUUGAGUGGCGUGGGAGUGAUGUGAAUAUAUCAGUGUCAUAUAAGAGCAUCAGCAGGAAGGGAUCUGGUUAUGAGUGUUUCUUUGGAUAUAAUGAUCAGUCCUGGAGUUUGUUCUGCUAUCCCUCCAGUUUCUCAUUCUGGCACAAUAACAAAGAGACUAAACUCCCUGUUCCCUCCAGCUGCAGGAGAAUAGGAGUGUAUGUGGAUCACAGUGCAGGAACUCUGUCCUUCUACAGCGUUUCUGACACAAUGAACCUCAUCCACACAGUCCAGACCACAUUCACUCAGCCGCUCUAUCCUGGGUUUUAUGUUUGGGGAACAGUGAAUCUCUGUAAUUUAGCAAUUAUAGAUGAUUCUGAAAAGUAAUACCAAUAAUGUUGUCGAAUCAAAUCUUUGAGCUGCAUGAUAAAUCAGCAACCAUGAGAUGUUAUAGUAUCUCAAGGAAAACAAAUUUUUUGAAAGAGAUUUGAAAGAGAGUGACAGCUUGUUGUUAUAUAUUGUUUUUUCCAUAAACAAAAACAGAUCAGUCUUUAAUCCUUGAUAGAUAUGUGCAGUGAAGAUAAUAUUCACGGCAAUAUUGACAUCACUAUAAUACAUUGACAUGAGAAAACUCUUCAACUCUAUUUAAAGUGUAAAGUAAGUGUGUUCAGAUACUAAACACAUUCACACACUCAUACCUGUAUAUGUGGUUUACGGGGACUCUCCAUAGGCAU